CUGACAUUAGUCCAGACACAAGUCAUGCUGCUGAGGACUAGCAAUAAUCUUUGGGGCUACAGAGACUCACAGGAGGAACUAUAACUAGAUUCAAGGAUGAGAAACGUCCGUGCAAAAGCUCUCUUGCUGGCAGGAGUUCUUGGUCUGUUUGUCCUCCAUCUCUGUAAAGACUUUAUUGACAACAAAACCUUCAACCUCGAAGAAGAUGUGAGGGAAGAUAAACAUCAAAUAAGGCAACUGAUACAAAAAAAACCCUAUGUGUAUUCCUGGCCAGCAUGUCAACAAAAUAUGUCUGCCGCCAACAUCACAGGCUUCAAAACUCUUCCUCAGCACAUCCAAGACUUUCUCUAUUAUCGACACUGUCGCCAUUUCCCCAUGCUACUGGACCUUCCUGACAAAUGUGGAGGAGCUGAUAAAUCGGCAGAAGUCUUCCUUCUGCUGGUCAUUAAAAGUUCCCCUGGCAACUACGACCGUCGAGAGGUGCUGCGUAAAACCUGGGCUAAAGAGAGGCUACACAAUGGUGUGUGGAUCCGGAGGGUCUUCAUCUCAGGGACCACAGAUACUGGUUUUGAGAAAGAGAGACUGAACAAACUACUCAAGGUAGAGCAACGUGAGUACAAUGACAUCAUCCAAUGGGACUUUCAUGAUUCAUUUUUCAACCUCACCUUGAAGCAGAUCCUCUUCCUGGAAUGGAUGGAACGAAACUGUCCAAACGCUCGCUUCCUUCUGAAUGGUGACGAUGACGUCUUUGCCCACACAAACAACAUGGUCGAGUAUCUCCAAGGCCUAAAGGACAACGAUGGAAGCAAACACCUCUUUGCUGGCCAUCUGAUCUAUAACGUAGGGCCCAUAAGAGCAUCUUCGAGCAAAUACUAUAUCCCAGUGCAGGUGCAGGAGUCAAACUCAUAUCCCUCUUACUGUGGUGGUGGGGGCUUCCUCCUGUCUGGUUAUACAGCUAUGGUUAUAUACAAGAUGUCUCAGUCCAUUACCAUUCUUCCCAUUGACGAUGUUUACAUGGGGAUGUGUCUGGCCAAAGCAGGACUAAGUCCCGCUUCUCAUAUGGGUGUGAAGACAGCAGGACUGUCCAUAUCUUCCAGAAAACUCGAUGUUUAUGAUCCUUGCUUUUAUCAGGAUGUUUUACUGGUGCACAGAUUCCUUUCACCUCAAUUGUAUCUUAUGUGGAACAGUUUAAAUGAUCCUAGUCUGGAAUGUGGUCCAAAAAAAACCUUAAGCAGUACCAAACUGUAGCUUACAGGCUGUGACAGAAGCUGAUUGACUCUUUGUUUCCUGCACCUGCUCUUGGGAUGUUAGAUCAGGUAUUACUUUCCAUCAGGAGAAACCGUUGUAUACCAUUGUCCAGCUGCAGGCUAAAGCAUUAUUUUGUCAUCAAAUCUGAUUCAAAUGCAGUAGUGUAGAUUUGAGCUUUCACUGGAUUUACAGGAUGCAAAGUGAUGACAAUUUUGACAGAUAUGAAUGUAAACUGUAACUUGACUAGAGAGGAACAGGUACAGAAGAAUACAACAUGGAGAACCUUUUCUAGUUUCAGUAUGUGCCUGUUUAUUUUCUUCACAAAGAGAAGAAUAAAUGUUAUUUUAAACCAGAAACCGUUGUCAAAAUUGCCAAAGGAUGUUCUGGAGAACAGUUGAUAUAGUGUGAAAUCUUCUCUCUUAAUAUUUAUAUUGAAUAAGCUAUAUGUAAAGGGGUCUUUAAUUAAAAUAUUCAUGUAAGAUUACUGUAGGAGAAAGUUCAUUUCCAUGUUUUUAAAAUGUGUCUGUUAGAUAUCCAUUCUAUUUUCCUGCUGCUAAGAAAAGGUUAUAUAUUGAGAUGUUUUAUCAUCAAACUUGUAUUUGAUUUUAUACAAAAGUAGUUUGUAUAUAUAUAAUCGUGUUGUUUAACCUUUUUCAGGGUAAUCCUGAUGUGCACUAUGUAUUUACACAUCUAGGCGAGAGCCCUGUGCAGAGCACUGUAUACAUUCCAACACCAAUAAGUCAUUUUUUGCACUUCAUCUCAAAUUAAAGAAAAUGAAUGGGUAGCUCAGAUUAAGGACACAGGACCUGUUUGCAUAAUAUUGCUAACCUGUAGGAAGUUCCUGUUUAAAAGCAACAGGUUAAUAAUCAGCCAGAGAACAUGAAAUCAGAUUUGCUGAGUACCAAACAAACCAAACUUCUCUAUAAAGUAGCCAUCAACUCACAGAGGAAAUUAGUGUUUCUUCCUGUCCAGUUUCUAUGCAAGAUUCACCAUGUUUUCAGACCCAAUACUCUCUGCAGGGAUGUUUCUUGCCAUUGUUUACUUGUAGUUUGGUGAAUGUUUUGACUUCUUACUGUGUUUCUGUCAUAGAGAUGAAACUGUAUCACAAGUACCAGCCUAGUCAGAGUACAAUCCAAAAAAGUAAGAUGAUAACUUGUUUGUGGAUGUAUAGAAUUGGGUGGUAGGGUUUACAGUAUAACUUUGGUUUCUACAGGGAAUAUGGAACUGUGGUGCCCUCUAUUGUCCAAAAUAUGUUACUGCAGUAUGACUAUACAAUCCACAAAUAAUGAACAUGUUACAUACAGUACAGACCACAGUUCAACUAAACCGUACUUACUAUUGUACCUCGAUGAAGAUAUGUAGAAUUACAAUGUUUCAGGAUAACUGUUCUACUGAUGACAGUAACAGUAGUCGGUUGUUUAAUAUUUGUAUCUCAUUGUACUUCAGCAGUGAUGUUAUUUGUCAUUUUAAUUUUUAAAGAGAACAAGGAAAUAUAGGGAGGCUUCUUGUGGACAAAGAGAAAAAGUUUGUCACUUUUCUAAUAUUUUUCUAAGAAAGACAAAUUCCCUUUCAGCUGAAAUGUUACAUGUGAGGAUUGUGGCACUUUAUGUAUGUUUUUCUAUUGGAUUGCCUAUUUGAAGUUUUCUAUUUAUCUAAUUUAAUAAUUAUUAACAUACGUUUCAUUGUAUGUGCAGGGUGGAGGGGGCUUCUGAAAUUGUAUAAAGACAAUAAAGCUGAAUCUCAAACUUUAAAGAAAUAAAAAAUAGGAAAAACAUAUUUGUACUGAUUUUAAGAAAGGAGUUGAGUAUGUAUUAACACACAAAAGAAAUGGGCACAAUUUAUACAACAUCCGUGGAAUACACAAGUUAUGGAGCAAAGGUUAGCGGUAUGGUAAUGUCUAUAAGGAGACCAACACACACAUACACAUUACACAGAUAUUUCAUCAAGUGGUGCCUUUUUUACACAGUAUGUAAAACAUCUUGGAUUAAU